AUGAAGUAUCCUUUCAAUGCCCUACCAACACUUGCUGAUGUUGAGUUCAUUUACUGUCCUGUGCUCAUUAUUAUUGGAGUACCUGUUAACUUGUUGGCGAUUGUGAUUCUGUCGCGGAGGAAUUGCGGUCUCUCGAGAUGUAUCACGUGUUACCUGACAGCUAUGGCGGCAGCUGACCUCCUUGUUGUCAUCUCUGAUGUGAUGCUGAGGUGGCUUAUCAUGUAUUUCCCAGUAUCCUUCCUUGAUAUUACUUAUGUCUGCAGUUUGGUUAUGGUGCUCAUUCCUGCAACCACAAUGAAUUCUGUCUGGUUGACUGUUGCUUUCACCUUUGAUCGAUUUGUGGCUAUUUGCUGCCAGGAGCUUAAAAUCAAAUACUGCACCGAGAAAACUGCAGUCAUGAUUAUUGUAACAGUGAGUGUGCUGAGCUAUAUUGAAAGCAUUCCCUGGUAUUUCAAGUUCCAAUCCAAGUAUAUCUUUGAUAACCUGCCAUGGUUUUGCAUCACAAAAGCAGAGUAUUACAUUUCAAACUUCUGGACAUUAUAUGGUGUAUUCCAUCGCGUUCUAUCCCCUUUACUGCCAUUCGUUAUCAUUCUUGUUCUGAAUACUUUGACUGUCAGACAUGUUUUAGUAGCAAGUAAAGCCCGCAGGAGACUCCAGAAGGACAGUGACAACGAGAAGCACAGUGACCCAGAGAUGGUCAAACGCAGAAAAUCCAUCAUUUUACUCUUUGCGAUUGCAGGCAGCUUCAUUAUUUUAUGGUCCCCUUAUAAUACAUGCUUACUUUAUCAACGAAUUGCAUUACUGCAUGAUUAUCCUCCACUUUCCCCAGCUGCAGGUACCAUCGGAUACCUGCUCCAGCUCCUCUGUACUUGCACAAACACUUGCAUAUACACAGUGACCCAGACGCAAUUCCGAGAGCAGCUAAAAGCAGUUGUGAAGCUCCCUUUCACUGUGAUUCUCAGAUCCAUCAAUAGGAUGUGA